AUGAUCGCCAACGCCGUCGCAGCCCUUCUGCUGGGCAGCGGCCUUGCCUCUGCAGCUGGCACUCCGUUGACGUCCAAAGCCGGUGACAAAGUCGCCAUUCCAGACUGGGAUAUCAAUUCCUCCUCAGCAGUGUCUAAGGACCUCAAGGGGCUGUCUACGCCUGGUGUCGACACCUCAUCGUGGUAUCACGCGGGGACGUCGAGAUGCACGCUCAUGGCUUGUCUUCUCAAUGCCGGAAUCUACAAGGAUGAGGAUCUGUGGUACUCGGACAACAUGAACCACUUCAACUGGGGCCAGUUUUCGGUGCCCUGGAUCUACCGCCAUGAGUUUGCGCUCUCUCCCGCCAAGGGCAAGCAUUUUAUUCUGCAAACGAACGGCAUUACAUCCAAAGCCGAUCUCUUUUUCAACGGCAAGCAAAUUGCCGACUCCGAAUACCAGGCUGGUGCCUACGCCGGCCGCACCUACGACAUCACGAGCCUCGCCGCCAAGGACAACGCCUUUGUCGUCCAAGUCUACCCAACAGACUAUCUGUACGACUUCGCCCUUGGAUACGUUGACUGGAAUCCGUACCCCGCUGAUAACGGAUCCGGAAUCUGGCGUGAUAUCACGGUCAAAGAGACCGGUUCUGUUUCCAUGGGCCCCAUCAGUGUCGUUGUCGACAUUGACGACCCAGUUGAGAGCAGCCCUGCCAAGGUUACCAUCCGUGCGGAAGCCCAGAACCUGGAGAACACUGCAGUUGUUUUUGACGCCGAAGCCGUUGUAACUGGCAACUCAUGCUCUGGAGGGCCCCUGAAGCAGACGGUGAAGCUUGCCCCUGGUGAGAAGAAGCUUGUUCAGUUCACGAAGACGAUUAAGAACCCAAAGAUCUGGUGGCCCAAGCAAUGGGGUGACCAGCCUCUGUAUAACGCCAAGGUCACCUUCUCCGUCAACAAGGCUGUUUCAGACACAGCUCAGACCAACUUCGGCGUCCGCAAAGUUACUUCUUUUGUCAACCAGUACAACGACACUCAGUACAGCGUCAACGGCCAUCCCUUCCAAGUCAACGGCGGUGGUUAUGGCGCUGACAUGUUCCUGCGAUGGGAUGGCGACCGUUUCACACGCAUUGUCGAGUAUAUGCUGGACAUGCACCAGAACACCAUCCGUCUCGAGGGCAAGUUGGAACACCCAGAGCUGUACGAGAUUUGCGACAAGUACGGAUUGAUGGUCAUGCCCGGCUGGGAAUGCUGUGACAAGUGGGAGGCUUGGGCUUACAACGAUGAACUCGCCAUCUUCCCGCCCCCUGUCUGGGACGACAACGACUACCAGACCGCCAACUAUAGCAUAAUUCACGAGGCUUCCAUGCUUCAGCCGCACCCCAGCGUGUUGACAUUCCUCGUGGGAAGUGACUUCUGGCCUAAUGACGAGGCAACUGAGCUCUAUGUCAACGCCUUGAAGAAUGCUGGCUGGCAGACUCCCAUCAUUGCCUCUGCUGCCAAGCGCGGUUACCCGGCCCUUAUCGGUCCUGGUGGCAUGAAGAUGGACGGCCCCUACGAUUGGGUGCCGCCCAACUACUGGUACGACACUGAGCCUUCUGAGGACCGCCUGGGUGCUGCCUUUGGCUUCGGCUCCGAGUUGGGAUCUGGCGUUGGUACCCCCGAGCUGGGUUCCCUCAAGAGAUUCCUCACUCAGGCCGAUCUAGAUGACCUGUGGAAGAAUCCUAACAAGAACCUCUUCCACAUGUCCACCAACGUGUCUUCAUUCUAUAACCGAAAGAUUUACAACCAAGGUCUGUUCAAGCGUUACGGCGCUCCCACCUCCCUAGACGACUAUCUCCUCAAGGCCCAGAUGAUGGACUACGAAGCAACCCGAGCUCAGUACGAGGGCUUUGGUGCUCUGUGGACUGCUAGCCGCCCGGCAACCGGUAACAUCUACUGGAUGCUCAACAACGCUUGGCCAAGUCUUCACUGGAACCAGUUUGAUUACUACCUGCACCCUGCCGGCUCUUAUUUCGGCACCAAGGUUGGCUCCCGGUUCGAGCACGUUGCGUACAACUACCAGAAGAAGGAAAUUUGGGUCAUCAACCACUCACUUGACCAGACGGGUGCCCGCAAGGUCGACAUUGAGCUCAUCGACACGAACGGCAAGCAGAUCGCCAAGCAGUCUGUUAACACCAACACCAAGGCCAACUCGGGUUUCAAGGUCGCCGACAUCUCCAGCCAGGUCAACAAGCUGGCAAGCGUUGCUUUCCUGCGCCUGGUUCUCUCCGACAGCAAGGGCAAUGUUCUGAGCCGCAACGUUUACUGGAUCACCAAUUCCAUCGAUAAGCUCGACUGGGAUGGCUCAACCUGGUACUACACUCAAGUCACCAGCUUUGUCGACUAUACUCCUCUCGCCAAGCUGUCUACCGCUCAGGUCUCUGUGACGACCGGCAGCACCAGGCAUGCGGCUGGCGUUCCGGGAACACAGACUCGCACAGUCACGCUUGAAAACAAGUCUUCUGUACCUGCUGUCUUCAUCCGCUUAACUCUUGUGGAUAAGAGAGGCAACGACGUAAACCCCGUUUCGUGGUCCGACAAUUACGUGACUCUGUGGCCGAAGGAGAAGCUGCAGCUUGAGGUAGGAGGAUGGGAUGCAAGCGGUGACAGCAUCCAGGUCAGUGGCAGGAAUAUCAAGGCUACCACUGUUAAGCUGUAG